CUGUGGCCAUUUUACACUUUGAGUCCCUGAGAAACCAAACAGGCUUCUCACCUGCGCUGCUCGCCGACAUUCAAAGAGCUGCUGUCGGGUACAUGUCACGCUGAGAGAAAAGGUCAGAGACUGGGACCAGAGUCAGUGGCGGACAUGGACUAUGAGCGGAGGGGCGGACGAGGUGACCGCAUAGGUCGCUAUGGCAACAACCACAAUGACCACAACUUCCGGGACAUGGACUACAGAGGCUAUGGACAAGAGGAGGAUGAGGCAGGAGCAGGAUACGAUGUCCGAGCAGAGGGAGCUGGACCGUAUGGCCGUGACGAGCAAACGCUGGGCGCCCCUGACUUCCCACCGGGUCGUCUCCAGGAUCGCCCAGGGUUCCACAAGAGAGGCGAUGGGCGAGGGGACGUUGCGCACGAGGGGAAGGGGCUCCCGUGGCCCCCUUGCUCUCAGUUGCGGCCUGAAUUAGCCCUCCCCUUGCUCCAGAGGGAUGAGGACGGGUCCCGGCGGGAAUUUGAGCAGCUACAGACUGGCCUACAGCAAAAGGGCAGAGGGAAAGGUGGAAGAGGCUUCCCAGAAAACAGUGGCCCUCACUCAGGGAGUAAAGAAUGCAACUGGAGUCGUGUUGGUGCCCCUUCUGAACAAAUGGAUUAUAAUACGGCAAGACAGAGAGAGGAGGAAAGGUUCUCUCGUGGGGGAAUGAAGAGGAGGGCUUUUCCAGUGGGGUCAGAGGAGCAUGGUUGCGGGAGCGUUGGUCCUGACCUGUCGCUUGAAGAGUUGGAUCAGAGGGACCAGGACUACCGUGCAGAUCUAGACCACAACCAGAGGCCCAGCAACAUCAUAAUGCUGCGUAUGCUUCCCCCCAAUGCCACAGCCAAUGAGAUUCGUGCACAACUUCAGGAGCAGGGGAUUCAGCCAAGAGAGGUUCGCCUCAUGAGGAACAAAUCUUCAGGUCAGAGCCGAGGAUUCGCCUUCGUCGAGUUUAAUCUCAUACAGGAGGCCACCCGCUGGAUGGAGACCAACCAGGGAGUGCUGAUGAUUCUGGGACAGAGAGUGUCGAUGCACUUCAGCGACCCAAAACCACGUGCCAACGAGGACUGGCUCUGCAACAAGUGCGGUGUGCAAAACUUUAAAAGGAGAGAAAAGUGCUUCAAAUGCAGCGUUCCUAAAUCAGAGGCUGAGCUGAAGUUGCCCCAGUUGCAGCGGGAUUUGCCUGUUGGUCUUCAAAAGGACGGAGCACAAGGUUUGCUGCCUCUCCCAGUACCCUACCAUUCUUCUGGUCCUACUGUCGCCCCAGGACAAGCUGCCCAGCAGGCGGAUGUUGCAAAUGACACUCUGAUACUAAGAAAUCUUGGCCCUCAUACUUCAGUGGAAGCCAUUUUAUCUGCUUUGGCUCCAUUUGCCACACUGUCCCCUUCCAAUAUUCGCCUCAUCAAGGACAAGCACACACAUCUCAACAGGGGGUUUGCCUUUCUACAGCUUUCUACCAUAGUGGAGGCAUCUCAGCUGCUCCAGAUCUUACAGGCUCUCCAGCCACCUCUCUCUAUCGAUGGCAAGGCAAUUGUGGUGGAGUUUGCCAAAGGCUCCAAACGUGACGUGUUCCUGACUGAUGGAAGCAGAGUGAGUGCUGCUACAGUGGCCAGCACAGCUAUAGCAGCUGCACAGUGGGCUGUGACACAGACUGCACAGAAUGGAUCAAGCGGAGGCCAGAGUGUAGAUACAGGAGUGUAUCAGCAGGGGUCAGCAGUAACAUACAAUCAGGAAGGGCAUGAAUAUUCUGGAGCAGAUGGUGCAAGUUUCAAGGCCCAGGCAGAUACCAGGGUUCCUGCUUUACCCAGUUUAGGAGCAGCCCUGGUGGGGACAUACUCAGGAGGAGCUGCCCCAGCUGCCAUUUCAUCUGAGGCAGUGACAUUGGGAUCAACAAUUGUGCAGCAGGCUCUCAGUCACACACAAACGUCUCUCAGCACCACAGGAGCUGCCAUAUCAGCCACACAGGUUGAAAUAGUGGGAAAACCACAGCCAGCUGCCCCCAGCCAACCUGCAACCCCAGGCACUGAACAUGAGCUCCAGCAAUACCCUGUGCCAGAUGUGUCAACAUACCAGUACGAUGAGAGCUCUGCCUACUAUUACGACCCACUCACAGGCCUCUACUAUGACCCUAACUCCCAGUACUACUACAACCCUCACAGUCAGCAGUACAUGUACUGGGAUGGAGAGAAACACACCUACAUUCCUGCUGCCAGCCAGUCAAACGCAGAGGGCGCUUCAAUGAGUGAAGGCAUGGCCCCGUCAGACUCACUGUUUGCUUCUCCUGGCAGCAAGGAGAAAAAAGACAAGCCCAAGAAUAAAACUGCUCAACAGAUUGCCAAAGAUAUGGAGCGCUGGGCUAAGAGUCUCAAUAGACAGAAGGAGAACAUGCGCUCUGUCUCCUCCUCCCCUGCGGUAGGCUCGACAGCGCUGCCUCCUGGUUACACCAGAGCACCGGGCCACAGUCGCUUAGAUGACCGCCGAGAGUCUGCGAGUGCUGAUGCAGGCUAUGCAGUUCUGGAGAAAAAGGGGGCACUGUCUGAACGGCCUCAGAUAUUUUUGGACCAGAUCAGACAAAGUACAGAAAGUUCUCCUCCUCAGCAGCAGGGUCUGGUCCCAGCGUACAGCGGAGAAACGGACAGCGAUGAAGAAGGAGGCGACAAAGAUGAGAAGGAGGGCAGAUUGACAGACUGGGUUAAAUUGGCCUGUCUGCUGUGUAGGAGACAGUUCCCCAGUAAGGAGGCCCUCAUCAGGCACCAGCAGCUCUCUGAGCUCCAUAAGCAAAACUUGGAGCAGAGAAGAGCCCAGCAGGAAGCUGCAGGCAAAGAGAGAAUUCCUGAUGGAUCUGAACCUCCUGCUCUGAAGAAGAGGAGGUUUAGCCCCAUUGAUGGGAUCACAGGCACCAGUCUUGGUGCCAGGAUGCUGCAGGGUGGAGUGAAAAAGGGUCUCCUAUUGCGCAACAUGCCCUCACCGUAAAUCCUCUACAUCCUGACAAGGGAACGUCCUGGACAAAAGGACAAAGCCCAGCACGCAACACUUCACCAUGAUCAUCAUAUAUAAGCCUUUUCAUUUUGUUUUGACUCUACAGUUACCUCAACAGUGGUAAUACAUAUGAACUGAACUGAUCCUGUAGCAGUGGAUGUCAGGAUAUUGCACAGAAUGCACCUUUUUUUUUGCUUUCUUCCCGUAUGAUGCAGUUUUGCGUUCUCACUUGCUUCAGAGCUUGUGUCUGAUUAACAAGCCUUAUGUGGUUGGGAAACAUUUGCUGUGGGAACGUGAAAGAUCGCUGAAGAUCUUUAUUGGCAGCAAAUUAUUUUUUCUAAUAUUACUGUCUAUGCACCAUAGAUUUUUUUUAUUUAAUGUAAUAUGCCUUACCAUUCAGUGAAUGACUGAUCUGGGCAUAAAGUGUACAUACAUUUUAGAAUGAGCACUUUUAUACCACGGUGGGAGCUGUGAGACUGUGGCCUCGUGAAAUGGACAGGGUCACACAAACACUAGUGUGUGGGUGAAAAGUGUGUCAGUUUGUUAUAUCACAUGUAUGAAUUCAAGAUGUAAUACAUACUUAUCUCUGGAGAAAA